AUGAAAUUUGAAUCAGCAAUAUGGCUUAUUAGACAAUAUGGACAAAACAUACCACAGAGUCAAGCAUUAUGUGCAGUAACUUCAACUUUUCAAUGCGGUAAUCAAACUUUUGAUGGACAAUACCGUAUCGUUAAUAUAAGUAUGACAGUAUCAACAAUUAAUAAUACUGUUGGUAUGCCAAACCCAGCUAUCGCAUCACUAAAGCUACCUGCACUGAUGUCAUUUUACUUGGGCGUUUAUGACGGAUCUGGUAAAACCGUGGCCAAUAAGUCCAUGUCUCUUUUAGAGUAUAUCAAACCGUUAAAGAAUAUAACGAUGAUUCAUAUUAGGACCGAUCCAACUAUAGCAGUGAUUCCAACAGACUUUACCGAUUUUCCCUACCUUACAUCGGUCACUUUAAAUGGAAAUCCUGGUUUAACAGCCAUUCCACCAAACUUUUUAAACAACUCUGUUAGGCUACAAACAAUAGCGCUCUAUCAACCAAUCGAAUCGAUAACUAUCGACACUUUGUCGUAUUUCCCAUCUCUCAUUGCUUAUUCAGUCACUUCCAAUUGUACUGGUGGUCCACAAUGUAAAUUUCAUCUCACUACACAAUCAUUUCCCGUUUUAACAGGUUUCCAAGUUCAUUCUAUUGCUGGAUCAGUUUCCAAUGUAAAUUUUGAUAUUUGUUACAGCCCUGCCAACACCACUUCAAUAUAUUGUGGAAUCCAAACCGCAACUUGUAACUUUGUAUUUGGAUGUCCAUCUUAUUUAAAUUAUUUAACUAUUCUUGGACCUUCGUCAACCAUUUCACCCCCUGUAAGUGCAUCUGUGUAUUCCGGACUCCGAUAUUUCAAAUUUGCCUAUUCCGGUCUAACUUCUGUCCCAGUCUCCACUUACCCCCCGCUAAUACAAUAUUUUGUACCUCCAAGUCUGUUACUUCUCAAUUUACCCUAUAAUAACCUGGUUAAUUUUGAUGUUGAUACAAUCCUUGCCAACAAUAAUGGACUCAACAGACUAGAUUUUACCAACAACCUUAACUUUGUUGGUCCCAUCACAAACUCUUAUUUUUCUAUUUUAAAUUCGAAUUUAAUAGUAACAAAUGCUGGUAAAGUAACUAUUUAUGGAAAUAAUAUUGGGUUUGGUCAAGUAUCAACUCCACAAUACAAGAUAACUGCUAUUAUUCCCAACAUUCAACUAUUAAUCGAUUUUAAGCAACCCGUACCAUUUUAUCCAACACCAACCAACAUUUCUUUGGGUGGUGUAGAUAUUGGUCAAAUCAUAGCGGAGCAGAGUUGCCCACACACAAUAUUAUUCAUGUCGAUGAAAAUAUACAAUUCAUUCUUUGUACAUGACGUGACGAUUAAUGCUGUGCCAUGUGUCACUCUAACCAAUGGCACAGUUGCCGAUGAACUAAUAUGUACUCUCCCUCCACUCACUGCCGGAACACAUACGCUCUACAUGACCAAUGGCCAUUUCUCGGAAUCUGUAGAGUUUGAUUUCGAGACUACUUAUCCAGUCGUCAAUGCUGUUACUCGUCUGCCAGCACCUCAGGGAACCAAUAUUACAUUGACUGGAAACUUUGGUGCCAAUUUAAACGGUCCUUAUGUUAACUUGACAACAAUCUCUAGUUCCACAGCCUGUACCGUCCUUUCAAUCACUCUGUCGACCAUUGUAUGCGAGACUAGUAUCCCAAUCGCCCAUGAGCUGGUGACAGUAUAUGUGACCGUCGAUGGAUACACCUCUCCCGCCUUUUACAUCACCCUCAACAAUAUUUGCCAGCAAUCAACAAAUAAUUGUACGGGUAAUGGUCUAUGUGAUAUGAAUGGACAAUGUAUAUGUACAAGUAAUGCAUUUUAUAAUAAUUGUUCUAAACCAUAUCCAAUUAUUAGUUCAGCAAGUUAUGAUUCAACAAAUAACAAGUUGGUUUCAUUGAAUGGUGAUUUUGGUCCAUUUGGACAAGUAAAUCCAACAAUCAAGAUUAAUAAUACUUUGGAUUGUACUGUUAAUUAUAAAUCUCAAUGGGUAUUGAAUUGUACUCUUGAUCAAUCACCAAAUUAUGGGUUGUCAUCGGUUUAUUUACAAGUAGAUAGCUUAAAUACAACUGCGAGAAAUAUAUUGGUAUUACGUCCUCCUAAUAAUGGAGGUGGAUCAACUACUACAACAACCACCACCACAACAUCAGGAGGACCAUCACUCACUCCACAGGAACAAUGCGAAAAAGAUACGUUCAAUUGUUAUGGACAUGGUAAAUGUGAUAUUAAUGGAAUAUGUCAAUGUGAUGAUAAUUAUAAUCCUGAUGAUAAUUGUUUUACAAAGUUCACAAAUACAACAAUCAAACCAAAUACAACAGACCCAACAGUAUCAUUUGAUAUUGAUGGAAUUGAUUUCCAAUUUGAAAUUGUAUCAAUUCAAGAAUUGGAUUUGGAUGGUAAUACAAUCCUCAAAGAAUUAUUUAUUUCAAAUUAUUCAUGGAAUGUAAAUGUAUCAAGCAAUAAUAUCAUAACCAUUGUCAACUAUCAAUUAAAUACAACUACAAAUUCCUCUUCCUCUCCACCGUCUUCAUUCCAAUCAGUAUUGGUAUCAUCAACCAUUUCAUUUUCAACACAAUCAAGAGAUAUUCAAUUCGGUGAUCAAACACUUCACAUCAAUCGCAAUUCAAUUAAAUUGGCAGUCAACAUCACCAACUGGCAAUAUUCAUCCAAUUUGGCAACACUCAGAGUUGUAUUUAGAACAAUCAUUAAUAACAACCAAUCAGUUGAAUAUGAUUGCCAAGAUAAAAACGUGGAACCAUUGACAUACGACUCGUUAUCAUCAUUACAAUACCUCAGAGUUGUCAAAGAUGAUGUACAAUUCAAUGGUAGAUUUAUUGAUUUUGCAUUAUCAGAUGGUAGACCAACUUAUUCACAAACACAACUCAUAUCAUUAACACAAUUAUUGGAUGGUGGAGAUGAUGAACAAUCGAUUGCAAUGAUUGGUAUUAAUUUCCCACAAUGUAAUGAAUGUGUUCUCGAUCCUGAUUUCUCACCAUUACUCAUCGACAAGAGUGAAUGUGGGGAAGGACAAUCAAACACAUGGCGUAUUAUUGUUGGUGCAGUUGUUGGAGGUGUUGGUGCUGUCGCUAUUGCCGUUGCUUCAUUCCUCACCUACAAAAAGUUAAUGAAAGCUAAAAAUUAUGACCAAAGCAUAUCUCAUAAGUUAAAGAAUAUCGAGAACAAUUAA